GGACCAGCAGGCACAACCGACCGCCCCUCAUCCCAGCGCACCGCAGAGCGAGGCCGUCGCAGAAAGCGCGCCCAACGGCCAGCAUGCCGGGGAGGAGGGGCCGUCGAGGGUCACCCGGUCGCCGCUCCCGCACCGCCCGAGCCGAGCUGUCCUUCUCGGUGAGCCACAUGGAGCGGCUCCUGCGGGAGGGCCACUACGCCCAGCGCCUGAGCUCGUCCGCACCCGUCUACCUAGUGGCCAUCAUCCAGUACCUGACGGCCAGGGUCCUGGAGCUGGCGGGCCAUGAGGCCCAGAACAGCGGCAGGAGGCGCCUCACUCCGGAGCUGGAGGACGUGGCGGCCCGCAGCAACGCGCUGCUCAGCGACUUCUUCAGGACUAGCACCAUCUCCCAGGUGGCCCCGGCCCAGCACUAG